AUGUUUCUCAGAAAAAUUUCUGGGAUAUUUCCAGCUGGAUUUGGACUUCGCCUGUCACAAAAAUUUGUAUUUUUAUUAUUUUUGUCUGGUUUUAUUACACUAUGCUUUGGAACUCUGUUUCUCUUACCAGACACAUCAAAAUUUAGAAGAAUAUUUUUAUCUAGUACACAGAGCCAGAACGGUGAAAGAUUACACAACUAUGCUAGUAAGAAAAUGAACAAAAAAAACGUUGAAGAUCAAAAGUCACUGCUGCAGAAUACAAAUCGGGAAAAGUGGAGAUCCAAAGACAAGUUUGAUGUGGAUAUAAAACCACUGGGAUUUCUAGCCAGCAAAUAUGAAACACAAAAAGAAGAUGUUUCACUGAACAGAGAAACCAUAGUAGCUGCUAAAGCCAAAAAUAAAGAGAACGAGAUAUCCGCAGCUCAGAAGAACCAUGCCGACUUUGUUUUUGAUUACAAGGCAUUUAAGAAAUCCCUUAAAUAUCCACCACUGGGAAAUCAACCUAAACCAAAUGAUCCAGCAAUAUGGGAAAAAAGAAACAGGAUAAAGGAGAUGAUGAAAUUUGCAUGGGACAGCUAUAAGAGAUAUGCUUGGGGAGAGAAUGAGCUUCGUCCAGUGACUAAAGAUGGACAUUUUGGAAGCCUAUUUGGGGGAUUAAAAGGAGCAACAAUAGUUGAUGCCCUGGACACUCUUUUCAUAAUGGAUUUGGAGGAAGAGUUUGAAGAUGCUGCAAAGUGGGUAGAGAAUAGCCUAGAUCUGAAUGUGAAUGGAGAGGCUUCAUUGUUUGAAGUUAACAUCCGAUACAUAGGAGGACUCCUCUCUGCUUACUACCUGUCUGGAAAAGAGGUGUUCCGGGAAAAAGCAAUUAGUCUUGGGAAGAAGCUGUUACCAGCAUUUAGCACACCUACUGGUAUCCCUCGUGGUAUUAUCAGCCUUGGAAAUGGUUUGAACUGGAGCUGGGGAUGGGCAUCUGCUGGGAGCAGCAUUUUAGCUGAAUUUGGAACCUUGCACUUAGAAUUUUUGAAGCUGAGUGAAUUAUCUGGAGACCCAGUAUUUAUUGAGAAGGUGAACACCAUCAGGAGAAUAUUGAAAAAAAUGGAGAAACCUCAUGGAUUGUAUCCUAAUUAUUUCAGCCCUGUCAGUGGGAGCUGGGUCCAACAUCAUGUGUCUCUUGGAGGACUUGGUGACAGCUUCUAUGAAUACUUAAUCAAGUCUUGGCUGAUGUCAGCUAAACAAGAUAAUGAAGCAAAGGGCAUGUACUACGAAGCUGUAGAGGCAAUUGAAGCACAUCUAAUCAGAAGAUCUGCUGGAGGUCUCACAUACAUUGCUGAAUGGAGAGGUGGAAUCCUAGACCAUAAAAUGGGACAUCUGACUUGCUUUGCUGCAGGGAUGUUGGCACUUGGGGCAAAUGAUGCACCAGGCAAGAAAACAAAUCAUUAUAUGGAAUUAGCAGCAGAGAUUGCCAACACGUGCCAUGAAUCUUAUGUACGUACAGAUACCAAGCUUGGGCCUGAAGUUUUCAGGUUUGAUACUGGGGCUGAAGCUACAUCAACUAGGCUGAGUGAACGAUACUACUUAUUACGUCCAGAGGUGGUGGAGAGUUACUUGUACUUGUGGAGACUAACGCACAACCCCAAAUAUAGAGAAUGGGGCUGGGAAAUUGUACAGGCCUUGGAUACCUACUGCAGAAUAGAAAGUGGAUUUUCAGGCAUUAAAGAUGUGUACACUACAAAUCCCAGCCAUGAUAAUGUUCAACAAAGUUUUUUCAUGUCUGAAACAUUAAAAUACCUCUACCUACUGUUUUCAGAAGAUGACCUGUUAUCAUUAGAAGAUUGGGUUUUUAAUACUGAAGCACAUCCAUUGCCAAUAAAUAAACUAAACCCCAUUUGAAGCACAAGAAACCAAUACAUAUCUAUUCAGUGUUUUUAUCUGAAAUGUAAACUUUCAUACAAAAGAAAUUCUAUUUUGUGAGCUUAUUUGAGAUACCAAGAGUUACAUAAAAUACCAUGUAAGAAACUGUUCCUUGUUAUAUUUUAGCACUAAAAGAAAUGGAGGCCUUUUGCAGACAUUUCUGCUCUUAUUUAUGUUCUUAUUGUUACAAGCAGAGAAAUAUGGUUUAGAAAAAAAAAUCGAUAAUUUUUGUGAAGAAAAUGUCUGGGAUGCUCUUACUAGUGCUAUGUGGCAAUUUAGAUAUUCCGUUUCCGUAUGUCCGUUCCGCAAAGAAAUAGAACUUGUCCUAUUAUUGACCUCAUUACAGACAAGGAUAGGACUGUUCUAUUAGGGGCCA